AUGGCAGGGGUUUCGUCAAUUGGACCCUGGUCGUUUAAUCCGAUCGUCACCUCCUUCCCAUCGACAUUGCUCCCAAAUAUUGCCUACUGGAACGUCACUAAUGGCACAUGGACGUAUCAGGUUCAGGUCUCCUGGCCGUUGAACUGGACAUCGACCGAGGCCGACAGCACCGUCGACACCCUGUUCGUCCUCGAUGGCAAUGCGCUGGCCCAAACAGCCACAGAGGCUUUCCGCAAGCGCCGACCCGUCGAUUUCGCACAACCGGAUACCAUCAUCGUGAGUAUCGGAUACCCUGACCUCAUCCCCGACUCGCCGUACUCAAACGGACGAUACUACGACUACCAGAUGCCCGUAUGUUCGACGUGCCCCCCGACGAUUGAGCCAGUCGGGGUACCACCCGGUGCCGAUGCCUUUAUUACGUUCCUUGAUACUGUUCUCCGCCCCUGGGUUCGAAGUUACUUCCCUAAUACAACCUUCAACCGGGACGGCCUCUACGGCCACUCUUUCGCUGGGCUUUUUGCCAUCUAUGCUCUCCUCGUGCGCCCGGAUCUAUUCGAUGUUUUUCUGAGUGCAUCACCGUAUCUGAUCUGGAACAAUGAAUACAUCUUUGAUCAUCUUGGCCCCCUCAAGAACGGAUCGCUGCCAGCCAACACAACGAAGCCAGCACUCCAAAUUGCCUACGGAAGUCUCGAAGAGUAUCCCCGGAAAAGAAGAACGGAGACGCAGGAAGCAUUUGAGGAGAGAAAGGCACUUCUAAGUUCAUUGAAGACGAAUGAGCUUGUGAGUCGCUUCUACGGCGAAGUCAAGGACAGCCCUAAGCUCAGGGAUGUAGAGUUGCUCGAGUACCCAUUCAGCUACCACGCGGCUGUAGGAUCAGCAGCAUUGUGCGACGGAAUCGACUACUUCCUUGAUUGGUGA